CGGAAGCACCGUACUAACAAAAAUAAGUAUAAACCAGGGGGUGCACAUGUACCCCCUCAUAAACCAAAACUGGAAUCCAACUGGGAUCGUUAUGAGCAAGAAACUGAAUCAAAAAGCAACACCAACGACUUUUCCAUCCUUGCUAACGCCCCAAUUUCACAUGGAAGUCAUUUUCAAUUUAAAAGCGAUAAAAACAUUGCUUUAGAAAUAAAAGAAGCGUCUGAAUUGUUUAAUUUGGACUUGACAUUAUUAGAUAAGAGUCUGGGGACAAUUCCGUUUCAUUUAAGGUCAGGCAUUGGAGACGAUGAUUUCACAGUUUGAAGAUCAAAGAGUGGAAGAUAACACUAAUGAGUACUUAAAUUACAUCAAGGGUUAUCAUUUAAGACAAACAAGGCCUGUUUUUGGGUCAGACGAUGAGCAAACCUCACCUACACAAGAAUCAAGUAAAUUAAUUGUAUCACAACAGUCUCCUGAAGCCCCCAAAACCAACGAAGAUGACUUGGAAGCAUGGCUCGAACAAGUUUUGGACAAUUAACUGUUGAUUAAAUAAAAAGUUAUUUAAAUUUGGCGGCGCUUUUGUGUCAAGAUGGCGCUCCUAUCGUUGUCACUUUGACAUUUAACACUACGUCAAAUUAGUCAUUAUUGUUAUCACAGUUCAUUUUUCUAUUUUCAUUAUUAGUGAAAUCGUAAUGUGAAACCGGCACUUAAAAUUUCAUCCAAAAGCUCGAAAUUAACGUAAAUUAUGUUGAUUUUUUCGUGUCAGACUGACAUAACUAUAAAAAUUCGAAUAAUGGACAAUUCGGAGACUAGAAUUAUCACUAAAUAAAGUCAAUUUCGCGUUGUUCAACAAUUUUUCUUUUUUAUUUAUUCAAACGAUUAGCGUGCAUGAACCAUCGAUUAUUUUAUUUUUAUAUUCGCGCACAAAAGUGGUAGCUUUUUCGUAGAAUGAAACAAAAAUAGUGAAAAAAAAAUGGAUAAUAUACGAUAUCUAACACGGAAUUGGUACAAGAUACCGAAAGCGUUGUUCAGGCUGUGUUUUAUUCUAGUUAACAAUGUCUAUUGUAUUCCCACAUACGUUGUAUGGAUGGUAUUAUUAUCACCCCUUCGUAAAGUCAACCCUGAUGUUUAUUGGAGGAUAGAAGGCUAUUUUUUCCAUUGGUUGUUGGCGAUGGUAUCAAUGUGGAGUUGGUCGGCAGGAUACGAUGUCGUCGAAAUGGGCGACGACAUAGCGAAAUGUAUCGACGACCGAACAUUAGUGAUAGCCAAUCAUCAAUCGACUGGUGACGUACCACUUUUAAUGGCGACAUUUAAUCCCCGAAAACAGAUCCUUCCAAAUAUAAUGUGGAUUAUGGAUAGUUUAUUCAAAUAUACAAAUUUCGGUAUAGUCAGUGUUCUCCACCAAGAUUUUUUCAUAAUGUCGGGUAAAACUAAACGUGACAAGUCAUUACAAGCCCUCAUCAAGCAUUUACAAGACUCUUAUUUGCCUCGCAAUCGAAAAUGGAUGGUGUUAUUCCCCGAAGGUGGUUUUUUACGUAAACGAAAAGCCGUUUCACAGAAAUAUGCCUUGAAAAAUGGAUUACCACAAUUAAAUAAUGUGUCGUUGCCACGAGUCGGUGCAAUGCAUUCAAUAAUGGAAACAGUAGGGCCAAAGGCUAAUAAUAACUCAUCAUCAUUGGGGACGGAAAUUUCGACACUGCGAUGGAUUUUGGAUAUAACAAUAGCGUAUCCAAAGGGUGAACCAAUCGAUUUGGCAUCAAUAGUGUUUGGACAUCGGCCACCUUGCAAGACAUUUCUUUUCUAUCGAUUAUAUCAGUGUAAAGACUUGCCUGAAGAUAGCGAAAGUUUAACAACUUGGUUGUUUGAUCGUUGGCAAGAGAAAGAACGAUUAUUGGAGAGUUUUUAUCAAACUGGUGAAUUUCCGGGUUAUACCGGAAGUGGUCAUCUAGUCGAACAAGACUAUUUACGUUACGUCAUUUUACACAUGUUUUUCAUCAUUUCGACGUACAUUCAUGUGCAAAUUUUUCAAGCAGCUUAUCAUUAUUGCACUUGUUUGAUUUACUAGCGUUCCGUUCUCGCAUAUCUAAUCUGUUUGGUGCGUUUGUAUCUGUGACAGAUUGGAAAAAUGCGAGGGGUGUACUUAAUUGUGUUGUUUUUUACCGGAAAAAUUGGGUAAUAAAAUACGGAACAAUCUUGCCUUGUGUUUAUGACGACGUAAUCAUACAAUAAUAAGCGUAGAUUUUGUACAGUAGUUUAGGACCAAUUGUGCAUUUUGUGUUUAGGGUUUUUUUCUUUUCUCUCAUGGCGAAAUUUGAGGCUCAAUCGUUGACGACGUCCAUUUUUUUAUGAAGAUAUUUUAGCACGGCACUCGAUUUUUUAAUUCGCUUGUGUUUUUAAAUUUUUCAAGGUUAACUUAUACAUAUUUUUGUAAAUUUCAAAGUUUCUUUGUAAUAAAAAAUCACGAAAAAAGAUGUUUUUUGUGUACGCA